CCGACCCAAAAGAAAAAAGGAAAAGCAAGUGUCAGUUUAACUCUACCAUUCUUCUCGGCCAAAACACACGUAUUUUAAGGUUAAACGUCUGAACCACUGCUUUCCUCCAAAUCAAAGCAAACAAGAUUCAGAAAUGGAGUGUGUAUUUGGACUAGUCGGUAAUGGGUUUGCGGUGAUUGCUGCUGAUACAUCAGCUGUUAACAGUAUUUUGGUACACAAAAACAAUGAAGACAAGAUCAUGAUCCUUGAUUCUCACAAGCUUAUGGGUGCUAGUGGCGAGGCUGGCGACAGAGUUCAAUUUACGGAGUAUAUUCAGAAGAAUGUUGCUUUGUAUCAGUUUAGGAAUGGUAUACCUUUGACUACUUCUGCUGCUGCUAAUUUUACUCGCGGUGAGCUUGCUACUGCCUUGCGAAAGAAUCCAUAUUUUGUGAAUGUACUUUUAGCUGGCUACGAUGCCGAGACUGGACCAUCGUUGUACUUCAUUGAUUACAUUGCAACACUCCACAAGGUUGAUAAGGCUGCAUUUGGGUAUGGUUCUUAUUUCUCUCUUGCCAUGAUGGAUCGGCAUUACCACAGCAACAUGUCCCUUGAUGAAGCUAUCAAAUUGGUUGAUGACUGCAUAGCAGAAAUUAGAUCCAGGCUGGUUGUAGCUCCACCAAAUUUUGUGAUCAAGAUUGUUGAUAAAGAUGGAGCACGGGAAUAUGCAUGGCGGGAAUCCAUCAAAAAUAAACCCACUGAAUCUGCAGAUGCUAUUGCUGCUUCUGCCUAAGGGGUUUCAAUUUGAAUAGGCCCUUUAAUACUCUUUCUGAAGCUAGUAGCAUUGAUGUAACAGGAGAUUGCUGCUUUGUCUGAAACCGUAUGCCUCGUAUGCCCCUAUGCCCUUGUUCUUUUGGAGCUAUCGCCUUGAGUCUGUCUGUUUACACUUAACUUAAUGGUAAAGCUCAUAUAUUUUGUAACAUGGACCAUGGUGACGAGAUUGACUUGUCUGAUAAAUGAACAAAGGAGUGAUUUGAUUA